AUGGACAAUGGAGCGAGGGCACCGUUUUUUCCAUCGGUCCCGACGAACCACGCGUCAUGGGUCGUGGUCAUCUCUCUCUCCUUCCUCACCUACUCCAUCAUUGGCGUUGCACACAAAUUUCUCUGCAGAAAACGAAACGGAAAGCAAGAAGCACACGACUGGAUGGUGUUGAGCGCUUUGCUGGUGUCGUGUGUACAGUCAGUGGUCCUCGUCAGGUCCUGCAUCCACGGCCUUGGGAGACAUCAAAGCGCCCUCUCGGAAUCGGCAGUAGUGACAGUCCGAAAGGAGCUUUUUUCUUCCACUCUCUUAGGACUGUUUGUCCACAUGCUGGCGAAAAUUUCGACCACGCUGCUCAUCCUGGCCAUCAGGCCCAAAAGAAAGCAUCAGAUGGCGUCUCGUGUCAUUCUUGGGGCCAUAGUAGUUUGGGGAGUGCUCGGCGCCCUUUUCCUUGGUUUCAGGUGCGGGCUUGCGUCUCCGUGGUCUGAGGGCCAGGACCAGUGCCUGGAUGAGUUUCGCGUCUAUCUCGGAAUCAACUUGGGCAACAUUGUUACAGAUGUUGCUCUCGUGGGGUUACCCACCGUGAUCAUGUGGAGCGUCCAAGUACGUGCGGAUCUCAAAAUUCAACUAAUUGCUUUAUUUGCAAGCAGGAUCCUCGUCCCGGUCAUCAUCAUUCCCCAAACAGCAUACCUUGGCCGUCUUCCAGGCAAUGGGAGCGACUUGACCUGGGUGAUGGUUGAGCCGGCUAUCUUAGGCCAAGUUGCUUUGAGUCUGGCCGUUCUGGCGUCCUGCAUAGCCGGCCUUAAGGGAAUGAUCGAUAGUUUUGUAUCGGGAGCUUCACAAUUCAUCGUACCCACGGUCUACGCCUCCUCUCACAACAAUUCCCAGCCCCUAGGCAGCGGACUCAUUCGAACUAGCCUGAGAGGUAAAAAUGACGGAAGUAAAACGGAUCUACCGCAGAGCGCGCUUCGUUCCAAAAGCAUGAAGGAUGGUCCCACAACAUCGAGAAAAAGAAAUUCUAGUCCCAGCAGCGAGAGUCAGACCGGACUGCGAGACAAUGACAUUUUACAGACAAUCGAGGACGAGGUCGCGUUCCUGACCACAACCCAGGACCCAUCCCAGCACCCUGGUGCGGAUGGCAUCUCGCAACAUUCGACGUAUGUCUAUGGCGAUGGUCCUCGUCAGCAGACGUUGUGA